CUGUAACAUGGCCACGUGCCCUAGUCCGUGCAAGCUAUGUCUUGACUACCUCUUGGGCUGGAGGCCACUUGGUCAUUCUGGCAUUUUGUGGUAGAGAAUACAUUGAGUUUGGCUAAUGGAAGGAAUAUGAGUCCCAGCACAGUUGAAGAAUAUAGCACAGUUGCAUCUGUAAUGAUGGCUCACUCAACUGGGAACAUCUCUCUGGAGACCAUCAUGCAGACAUCAGAGACCGGGUCGGACACAGGGUCGACAGUGACUUUACAGACAUCCGUGGCUAGUCAAGCGGCAGUGCCGACGCAGGUGGUACAGCAGGUGCCGGUGCAGCAACAGGUACAGCAGGUACAGACAGUACAGCAGGUACAACAUGUCUACCCAGCCCAGGUGCAGUACGUGGAAGGAAGCGAUACCGUCUAUACCAAUGGAGCAAUCCGAACAACAACUUAUCCUUACACAGAAACGCAGAUGUACAGCCAAAACACUGGAGGGAGUUACUUUGAUACUCAAGGGAGUUCUGCGCAGGUGACCGCCGUGGUUUCGUCCCACAGCAUGGUGGGCACGGGUGGUGUUCAGAUGGGCGUCAGCGGAGGGCAACUCAUCAGCAGCUCUGGAGGGACCUACCUUAUUGGCAAUUCCAUGGAGAACUCUGGUCACUCAGUGACACACACCACUCGGGCCUCCCCAGCGACAAUUGAAAUGGCGAUUGAGACGCUGCAAAAGUCUGACGGUCUGUCCACUCACAGAAGCUCUCUUCUCAACAGCCAUCUCCAGUGGCUGUUGGACAAUUACGAGACCGCAGAAGGAGUGAGCCUUCCUAGAAGCACGCUGUAUAACCACUACCUACGACACUGUCAGGAACACAAACUGGACCCAGUCAAUGCUGCUUCUUUUGGAAAACUAAUAAGGUCAAUUUUUAUGGGGCUACGAACCAGGAGAUUGGGAACUAGAGGAAACUCCAAAUACCAUUACUAUGGGAUCCGCGUCAAGCCAGAUUCCCCUCUGAAUCGUCUGCAGGAAGACAUGCAGUACAUGGCUAUGAGGCAGCAGCCCAUGCAGCAGAAACAAAGGUACAAGCCCAUGCAGAAAGUGGAUGGGGUUGCAGAUGGUUUCACAGGAAGUGGUCAACAGACAGGCACAUCUGUUGAGCAAACUGUAAUUGCCCAAAGUCAACAUCAUCAACAGUUUUUAGAUGCAUCUCGAGCACUUCCAGAGUUUGGAGAAGUUGAAAUCUCUUCUCUGCCAGAUGGUACUACCUUUGAGGAUAUCAAGUCACUGCAGAGUCUUUAUCGAGAGCACUGUGAGGCAAUACUGGACGUUGUCGUGAAUCUUCAGUUUAGCCUGAUAGAAAAACUGUGGCAAACAUUCUGGCGCUAUUCUCCCUCUACUCCAACCGACGGCACUACCAUCACCGAAUCAAGCAAUCUGAGUGAAAUAGAAAGUCGACUUCCGAAAGCAAAGCUGAUAACUCUGUGCAAACAUGAGUCUAUCCUGAAAUGGAUGUGUAACUGUGACCAUGGGAUGUACCAGGCUUUGGUGGAGAUUCUCAUCCCCGACGUGCUUAGACCUAUUCCUAGUGCCUUGACCCAAGCCAUUCGAAAUUUUGCAAAAAGCCUUGAAGGUUGGCUUUCCAAUGCCAUGAACAAUAUCCCACAGAGAAUGAUACAAACCAAGGUCGCCGCUGUAAGUGCCUUUGCCCAGACUCUGCGAAGAUACACGUCGCUCAAUCACCUGGCCCAGGCAGCUCGUGCAGUGCUUCAGAACACUUCUCAGAUCAACCAGAUGCUCAACGACCUCAACCGCGUUGACUUUGCCAAUGUCCAGGAGCAGGCCUCCUGGGUGUGCCAGUGUGAUGACAACAUGGUUCAGAGACUAGAGACGGACUUCAAGAUGACGCUUCAGCAGCAGAGCACCCUGGAGCAGUGGGCCGCGUGGCUGGACAACGUGAUGAUGCAGGCGCUGAAGCCCUACGAGGGGAGGCCCAGUUUUCCUAAAGCUGCCAGGCAAUUCCUGCUAAAAUGGUCUUUCUACAGCUCAAUGGUCAUUCGGGACUUAACCUUACGCAGUGCUGCUAGCUUUGGCUCCUUCCACCUGAUCCGUCUACUCUACGAUGAGUACAUGUUCUACUUAGUUGAACAUCGUGUGGCUCAGGCAACAGGAGAGACACCCAUAGCGGUCAUGGGCGAGUUUGGUGAUUUAAACGCUGUAUCCCCUGGAAAUCUGGAUAAAGAUGAAGGCAGCGAAGUGGAAAGCGAAAUGGAUGAAGAACUAGAUGACUCUUCGGAACCCCAAGCCAAAAGAGAGAAAACCGAGCUGAACCAGGCAUUUCAAGUGGGUUGUAUGCAGCCUGUUCUCGAGAGCGGCGUGCAGCCCAGUCUCCUGAAUCCAAUUCACAGCGAGCACAUCGUCACAAGUAGUCAGACUAUCAGACAGUGCAGCGCCACCGGAAACACGUACACUGCGGUCUAGAGAAUAUUAAAGCGUGUUUUUCCAGCUAACAUUA